UACUGGUUGCUCACGGAUUCACUCAUAGCUCAAUGCAACACAUUUCGUCGAGCCUGGUUGGAAAACCAGUACCUAUCGUCCAGUAAUUGCAGUAAUUAUUAAAAUAAGUAAAGAUAGCUCUCCAGUACCAGUCGAAAGGCCGAACGGAACGGAUUGAAAUGACAUCGUCGGUGUUCAACGUUGAAAAAAGUCCACCUAGCUAUGAGCCGUACCAGUUCAAGCUCUCGGACAAGUUUCGCAAAUUGGCCCUCGAGGAACUACGGGAGGAUGAUGAUAUUCGUGAACAAUCGUUGACUCAGAUGAGGGAAUGGAUCGCCAAACAUCCGUACAUUAGGAAGUGCCGAACGGACGCUCCCUUUUUGUUGAGGUUUUUGCGAUUCAGGAAAUUUUCGGUGCCGCAGGCUCAGGAAGCUCUGGAACGAUACAUGGCAAUGCGGCAGACAUUUCCCGAAUGGUUCCAGAAGCUGGACCCACGUGAUGCUCCAAUGCGGAUACCACUGAGAGAUGAAGUAUUUACGGUUCUGGGACAAGAUGAUGCAGGUCGAAAAGUCGUUUUUAUUCGCUACGGACUGUUCGACGUCGAAAGGUUGACACCGAUGGAAAUGUUCCGGUACACAAUGAUGUUUAUUGAGCUGAUGCUGGAUGACGAAGAGCUGCAGAUCGGUGGGUUUAGGGUUUGGGUGGAUUAUACCGAGAGUGUGAUGAAGCAUUAUGGGAUGUGGGGCAUUGGCGAUUUGAAACUGCUGAUGGAUGCCGUGAACAAGACCAUGCCAAUCCGGAUACGGGAAAUUCAGGGAGCGAAGUUGCCAAAGUUUGCUGUUACUAUUGCAAAUCUGCUGCUGUCGUUUGGCAGUGCCAAGUUUCGUGAGCGCAUUGUGUGCCACGCUACAGUGCUGGAAUCGAAGAAGCACUUCGAUCAGUCACUUUGGCCAAAACAGUACGGUGGACCGCACGACACAACCGAAAAGGCCAAAAACCUGAAGAAGUUGCUUGAGGAGAAGCGUGAUUGCAUCCUUGCGCUGGAUGAUAUGGAAAUCGAUAUCGAGCUCUACAAAUCGUUCUGGGGACAAUCGAACCAAAAUUCGAACAGCGAUAUCGACAUAGGAAUUGCGGGUUGUUUCAGGAAGCUGAAUGUGGAUUGACGUGGGUGUUAUGUGCUAUUCUUGAAUUGUCAUUGCAUGUAGUUGUUAUUUGGUUCUGUUUUAAGAAGUUUACCAGCAUUUUUAUUUCCGCAAUGUUCAAUAAAAUGGAACAAAUACAAUCAAUCAACAGGGGUAAAUCAUAAAUAAAGUAUUUGAAACAAUAUUAUCACAAA